CAACCUAAGGUAGACUGUAGUCAAGUCAAUUAAGUUCCAAGGUAUCCAUAGAUUUAUUGAUCGUGUCUGUCUCACAAAACCAGAAGAUACGUUUCUUCUCAUACUUUGGAUGUUCAACUCCAAAGUUCAUGUGUCUCUUCAGUUUAAAGACUGUAUCAGAAACUACAUUCACAGUACAGUGUCAUUAGAGGAUGGAAUGGGUUGCCUGAAUUUGCCAGGAAAACCAACGAUUUAGCAGAGUUAAAGUCAUUGAUUAACAUGCCUGACCUGAUUGACACAUGAAAUACUAAGACAUGUGAUCGAAGCACUUCUGUUUUAGAUAUGAAUAUAAUGAAAACGUCUUCUACUGCCUAUGUGUGAAACGUCUUAUCUUGUAUUUUAGCGUGGACGUAUUUGAAUAAAGUGACUCUAUGCUUAUAUAAAAAAAAAUGUGCUGCAUCAUUGAACCAUUCAAAACAAGUGUUGCUGCUGAAGUAGACUAUGCCAAAGAAGACGUCGAAGUGAAAGCUAUAUAUGAUGCAAUAAAAUCUGACGAUGACAACACAGUAGAUUUAAGUCAAAAGAAGAAGGACGCCAACCAAGACGAAGGUUCUGAUCAGAAUGAAGACUCAAAAGGGUUGUGUGCACUUCGCAAGUUCAUUAUAGGCCGUGAUAAAGUAGAGGUUUCUAAUCGUUUAAGAAAUUUUUAUUCUAGAGCUUCCGAAGUUUACACAGAGGAGAAUAAAACUGAAGGAAGCCGAGACAGACUGAUACACACUGCUGCAUUAUUCAGUAAAGAUAGCAGCAUAAUUGAACUCUUGACGAAGUAUUGCCCAUCAUUGAUUACCAAGAAACGAACAGGGGGCUAUGCGGGACAAACUGCUUUGCAUAUAACCAUUUUUAAACAAAAGUUUAUAGCUACAGAAAUCCUUUUAAAAGCGGCAAAGUCUAACAAUCUCUAUAACAAGGUCUUGUCUGCCAGGGCCACGGGGCCCAAUUUCAAGAAUAACAUAAUGAUGGGAGAGACUGUAUUCUCUGUAGCUGUAUUAACUCUAAAACCUGAGAUGGUAGAUCUUCUGCUGAGACACGACGCUCCUAUUGAAGAAGUCAAUAGCAAGGGAGAUAAUGUUAUUCAUACAUUAAUUAAAUAUGCGGCUAUUAAACCUGACAGUAUACCCAAAAUUAUCAAAAUGUUAAAGUACUUGAGAAAAAAAACAUUGAAUCGCUAUAAAGACCAGGACAAAACAGACACGUUAGUUGCAAAAUUAUGGUUUGGAGAAAAUGAAAAUUUAGAGACGCCAUUAAAGUUGUCCGUUUCCAGAGGGUUAGUAGACGUCUUCAAUGCCCUGAUGAAGAUGAAAUCUAUAUUCUACUUUCCUUGCAAAAUUGACGGAACUUUCGACUUACGCUUCUAUGACAUAACAGAGAUCGAUCACAUCAAUCAGCUGGAAUACACAAAAAACAAGUUAAAGAAGACACCCAUCUCCAGCUCCUGCUGCCCCAGCUGCUCCUUCUCCUGCUACUCCUGCUGCCCCCGUUGCACCAGCUGCUGCACCUGCUGCAGAUGCUACUGUUGCUCAAGCUGCUUCUUUGUUAAGAAACGAAUUUCUAUUACUGAAAAGCUUUGCGAUCUUAAAUGGGAAACAGCAUUGCCUUUUAUUGAUGACUAUGAUGUUCCCAUAAUCAAAGCCGUCUUGUCCAAAAGAUACAAUAACAAAAGCCUAAAGUUUGUUUACAUGCUGUACGCUUUUAACCACUUAAUUAUGUUGCUACUUUUUACAAUCUCCAUUUUCUACAGAAAGUAUGUUGCCAAUACAAAAUGCAGCGACAGCUGCAGAAAUGAAUAUAAUGUAAGCCAAGUGGUGCCCUGGAUUCUUAUGGUUUACGGCAUGGCAAUGAUAGCUUUAGAGUUUGUGAGAUGUCUGGGUUUAAAAAAAAUUGACUUGGUUUUUAAACCUUACAAAAAAAGUCAAGGAAAAGGGGAAUUCUUAAAAGAAAUAGGCAGACGCCUGAUAAUGAGAUAUCAUCAGAAUGACUUGUACAGAAUCGGACAAUUAGUAUUCGCUGUCUGUUUAGUGGUCGAUUGUUUUAUGUUUAAUGUCCAAAAGGAGGACAAAAAUGAUCUGACCGUGACCGCUCUCUUUUCUGGCGUCUGGUUCACAUUCUUUUUCUUUAAGGGAUUGGACAAGUUUUCGAUCUACACGGUCAUGUUUCAGAAAGUCAUUAUGGGAGAUAUGUUUCGUUUUGGUAUCUGGAUAGUGAUUGAGUUCACUGCGUUUUGUUUCGCUAUGUACAUCGUUCUGAGUGAUAACAUCAAUGAAGUAGAAGAGUUCAGUACAUUUACGAAUACAACAUUAACCAUGUUUUCUUACAUGCUUGGCCUCAAGGAUUUGUCUUUCCUAGACCAAGUGGAUGACACAAGUCAGCAUCUAGUGGCCAUUAUCUAUGUCUUAUGUAUAAUCGUCACAUAUAUACUGCUGAUCAACUCACUGAUCGCUAUGAUGUCUAAAAAUGCAGAGGAUACUUUUAAACAUCGAAAGUCCAUGAUUCUCUUACAGAAGUUCUCCGUCGUCUUGUUCUUGGACGCCAUUUUUUUAAUAUUCUGUUUACAUAAACCGAUCAAUGAAAGAUUGUCUUCCGGUACAAUCUCCAAUUCAAGAAAAGACAAUCCAAAAAAAGACAGAUUCUACCUGGCCAUAAAAACAGAAAAUAGUGGUAAAUUUAAACGACAAAAUAAUGACGGAAGCAGUUUGAGAAAUUUAACUUUAAGAGAUUUUAAAAACAAUUUGCUUCUAACCAAACAAACAAUUUCAAAGGAAAGAAAAAAAAUGUUUGACAUUUUAAAAGAUUUACCCAUUAAAGCACAAACGCCACAUACACCCUCAUUUGAAGGUGGUGAAGAUUCACAAAGUAAAACGGAAUAUGUGAUUGACAUAAGAUCAGAGCCCCGGAUUCCUGAUGAUAGUGACCCAGUGCUUGAUAUAGACAAUCAAUUUUAAAGAAACAAAGUGUUUUAACGAGGCCGGAUUUACAAACGCAGUGCAGACUGAGUGACGUCCCGUGGACAAUAAAAAUUAAAAUUUAUAAGUAAUGUAUUUUUCUAUGUUCAAAAAUAUUAGCUUUUAGAUUUAGUCAUUAAUAUUAUUCAGUGCAUUUUUUAUAUAAAAACAAGCAGAACAAAAAUAAUAAAAAAAAACAAAGCUUGUAUUUAGUUUAGUUACAUCAAUGAAUCUAAAUCUGUCUGGAAUAGCCGCGAAAUCUGUCAUGUAAUUAAACUUGUAAUAGAUCAAGACUAUCAAUAAUAAAUCUGCGAUUAGAAAUAAUCUUGCCCAUUUUUAUUUUGUUUAGCGCAAUCUCAUGUUUUUAGCUUUCUCACUAAGCUAUGAUCCUAUCACUUUCUCACUAAACUAUGAUCCUAUCACUUUCUCACUAAGCUAUGAUCCUAUCACUUUCUCACUAAGCUAUGAUCCUAUCACUUUCUUACUAAGCUAUGAUCCUAUCACUUUCUUUCUAAGCUAUGAUCCUAUCACUUGUCUCGACCAGUUAAAAAGGGUAUGGGGGAGAAAGAAGGAGAUAUCGGGGUGAUCACUUUUAAAAUGUAUAUUUCUUUAAAUUGAACGACCUGAAUUCAAACUCUGGGGCUAAAGCCUUCUAAGCCUCCUCAAACCACUGCGCCAGGGAUGAAACUAUGUUAAUAACUAGUUAUAAAUAUUUACAACCUUUCUUCCUACAAACAAUAUAAGAGGCUAAUUCAACUUAUACUUUCUUAUCAGUCAAGUAGAAUUUCUUUCCCUUGUUCGAGAUACAAAACAAAACUUUAGUUUUUUUUUUUUUUGUUUUAUUGAUUCUUGUGUUUUCAUGUAACAGAAAUAAGUAUGCCACAUUUCAGUGUGGGAAAAUUAGUGUGUACAAACUUUUUUCCAGACAGACAGAAAGAGUGAGUUGAUAUAAGCUUUGCAAAAAAAACAACAACAUUCGAAACAUUUGAAGUAGCGAUACUAUCACUUGCAUUCUUGGGUACCAAUUAUUUUCUCUUCUGUGUGUCUGUGAUCGUUUUAAUUAAAUAUUUUAUUUAGUUAUUCUGAGAAGUUUAAUGGAUUUAACAAAGUAUGCAUAUUAGAGUAGGAAUGAGAUUAAAUGUACACAUAGGCCUAUCAAGUUCUUUCUUUAAAAAAAACGUCAUACUUUAGAGCUAUUGAUAUUUUAAGUGCAUUAGCCUAAAUUAAAGCUUGUAGAGGUUAAGAGGUCUCAACUUACUAAAGCCACAAUAUGGCAUGUAUGGAUUUACUAGGCCCGUGUAUUAAAUAUACAUGAUUUUAAUUAUUCAUUGAUAGACUUAUAUUUAUAACCUGGCAUUAAUUAAUUCAUUUAUAUAUUUAUAACCACCUUAUUUAUGUAUUGAUAUAUGGACAACCGGCUAUUAUUUUGUGUGUGUGUGUGUGGGGAAAUAUAAAUUGCAGUUUCAGUAUCCUGGGCAAUUAUGUAAGACUCUGUUUGUAAAUAUUUUUGAUAAUGUACAUGUAUAUGAAUGAUAAAUAAAGAGUAUUCAUUUA